AUGGGAGUUGCAGACUUGAUCAAGAAAUUCGAAACAUUUGCUAAAAGUGAUGAUUCACUAGAGGAAGGUUCUCAGACCGAAACUGUCGCGGAGACGAAGAACGAAGGCCAAACUGACAGUAACAGCGAGAAAAAUCCAAGAGCGGAAUUGAACGAGCAGCAAACUGGACCGAAGGUUGAAGAGACUGAGGCAAGCCCCAUUCCCGUGAAUGAAACAAAGGAUGGAUCCGCUGCCCUCGCGCCUGUCGCUGCAAGUAUCACAGAAGAAGCGCCCGUUUUGUUGGACGAAAAGAAGGGAGAGACGUUAACAAGUUCAGAUCUUGAAAAUACGGAAGAUUCGCGCAAAGAGCUGGAAGAUAAGCCAGAGACUGCAGAUGAUGACAACAAAACGAAGGUCGAAGAUCAGGAAAACGAGCAAGAUAUUCCUGACGAUGAGGAGCCUGAUAAAGAUGCUGCUACAGAAUCGGUCGUGGAGGAAAACAACACAGAAAGCGCACCAAGCAAGAAGAACAAGAAAAAGAAGAACAGAAAGAAGAACAAAAAGACAGCGACAGCAACAGCAGCAAGCGAACCCGUCACUGAGGUUGUGGCUCAGGAGACCUCGGAUUCGCUUAGGCAUCCCUGAAUCCCCAACUAAAGAACAAGUUCAAGUUUUGAACGCCGAAGUUCAAGAACAAGAGGCUGAAUCUGUAAAGCACGAAAACACCACUUCUCCGGAGUCGACGCCAGAUACACGUUUUGGCCGUGAUGAUCCAUUCCAAUUUGGCCAACGGCAAUUGACGGAGGACUCCGAUAUCUGGAACCACAAUGCAUGGGACAAUGUAGAGUGGGGCGAAGAACAAGUAAGCCAAGCCGAAGAAAAGAUCUCCGAACAACAAAAGAAUCCGGUGUCUGAUUUCGACCGCAAGCUGUACAACUCAAAUCCCGCAAGAUACUGGGACAUUUUCUACAAAAAUAACAAAGAGAACUUUUUCAAGGACCGGAAGUGGCUACAAAUUGAGUUUCCAUCCCUCUAUGAGGCUACGAAGGAGGACGCGGGCCCCAAGACUAUAUUUGAGAUUGGUUGUGGUGCUGGUAACACAAUGUUUCCAAUUCUGAGUCAAAAUCAAAACGAACACUUGAGAGUCAUCGGUGCUGAUUUCGCACCUAAAGCUGUGGACCUUGUCAGGACAAGUGAGCAUUUUGAUUCCAAGUAUGCGCAUGCGACCGUUUGGGAUUUGGCUAACCCCGAGCAUACUCUUCCGGAAGGUGUAGAGCCUCAAUCGGUUGAUAUCGCAGUAAUGAUUUUUGUCUUCAGUGCGUUGUCUCCAGAUCAAUGGACACAUGCAAUGGAAAACUUGCACAAGAUGAUGAGACCUGGCGGUAAGAUCCUUUUCAGGGACUAUGGUCGCUACGAUUUGGCCCAAGUUAGAUUCAAGAAAAACAGACUACUUGGUGAAAAUUUCUACAUCAGAGGCGACGGUACUCGUGUUUACUUCUUCACCGAAGAAGAGCUUAGAGACAUCUUUACCGAAAAGUACUUCACUGAAAACCAAAUUGGAACCGAUCGCAGACUACUUGUGAAUAGAAAAAGGCAAAUUAAAAUGUAUCGGGUGUGGCUCCAAGCAAUUUUUGAAGUUCCUUCGUAA